CGAAAUGGUAUCGCUGCUGUUGACCAACAGUAACGUGAUGUAAGCAUCAUGGCGGCCAGAGUGUUAGGUUCGAUCCUGCGUAAAAACGCAGGAUUUUUCGGCGCCGGUAGGCUGCUGGGACCGAAUAACGCGCCUGCGAUCAUCGACAUCCAGCAUCGCAACGCUCAUCAAUGGAACGCGGACAAGGAGUUUCUCGAGCAGUUCAACCGGCCGGUAAUGUACCCCACGGAGAAUCUCGACUGGAAGCCUCCGAUAAACGAGUCUGUGCUGUCGAUGGGCGACAUGGCGGAGCAGACUAUACAGAAUGUCAAGCUCAACUUUGGGCCCCAGCACCCGGCCGCGCACGGCGUGCUCCGGUUGAUCCUCGAGCUGGACGGUGAAAUUGUGCUCAACGCCGAUCCGCAUAUCGGCCUCCUGCACCGUGGCACGGAGAAAUUGAUUGAAUAUAAGACCUACAUGCAGGCGCUGCCCUACUUUGAUCGCCUGGACUAUGUCUCUAUGAUGUGUAACGAGCAAUGCUUCUCUCUGGCGAUCGAGAAAUUGCUGAACAUAGAUGUGCCUCUGCGUGCGAAGUAUAUUCGAGUUCUUUUCGCGGAACUCACAAGAAUUCUGAAUCACAUUAUGGGCGUUGGAACUCACGCGUUGGAUAUUGGAGCCCUCACGCCCUUCUUCUGGCUGUUUGAGGAACGAGAGAAGAUGAUGGAAUUUUACGAACGCGUUAGCGGCGCCCGCAUGCACGCGGCUUACGUACGGCCCGGCGGCGUCUCCCUGGAUAUGCCGUUGGGUCUGAUGGACGACAUAUACGACUGGGCCUCCAAGUAUUCCCAACGUUUGGACGAGGUGGAGGACCUGUUGACAGAGAACAGAAUUUGGCGGCAGCGCACGAUCAACAUCGGCUGUGUGACCGCGGAGGACGCGCUAAACAUGGGCUUCAGCGGCGUAAUGUUACGAGGCUCCGGGAUAAAGUGGGAUCUGAGAAAAGUUGCACCUUAUGACGCUUACCACCUGUUGGAUUUUGAUAUUCCAGUUGGCACAAACGGCGAUUGCUACGAUAGGUAUCUAUGCCGUCUCGAGGAAAUGCGGCAGUCGCUGCGCAUCAUCCACCAGUGCCUGAAUCAGAUGCCCGAGGGAGAGGUUCGAUGCGACGACGCCAAGAUUGUGCCGCCGCGACGGGAGGAGAUGAAGACCAGCAUGGAGGCGCUUAUCCAUCACUUCAAGCUGUACACCCAGGGUUUCCAGGUACCGCCGGGUGCGACGUAUACCGCCAUCGAGGCGCCAAAGGGCGAGUUCGGCGUUUACCUUGUCAGUGACGGCAGCAGCAAGCCGUAUCGCUGCAAGAUCAAAGCGCCAGGGUUUGCGCAUCUCGCGAGUUUGCAGCACAUCGGGCCCAAGCACUUCCUCGCCGACAUCGUCGCCAUCAUUGGCACGCUGGAUGUCGUAUUCGGCGAGAUCGAUAGAUAAUUUCCUAAUGAUCGAUAAUUUAUAUAGCGUAGAAAUCAA